UGACCACCGCAUGUCCCGUGCAGGGAGGCAGCAAAGCCUCUCGACCGGGAGACCGGGACCCCAGGGCCAGUCCUUGUCUGCCACCCGGGUUCACUGUGACGGGGGCCCCAGGCAGGCCUCCCUCCAUCUCGCACAUGGUGAGCGCCUAUGCACGCGCACACACGCGCCGACGGGCAGAUCUUCUGACCGGCGGGUGAAGUGGAUGCGUACACGUGGGGCACAGAAAAAGCCCCCCGGAUGCUUGGCUGGGGGCACUAGAGACACACGGGCAGAUAUCAAGGGACCCUUGCUGGCUGCCCGGAGCCCAGCAGGGCUGCGGCAUUCACACGGGAGACCCCCUCCCGCCCCGCUGCAGGCCGCAGGGUGGGCAGCGAGGCGGCAUGAGGGCACCCUUUCCCCAUCCUCUCCAGGCUGGACUGAGGGGUUGUGGCCCUCAGGGGUGCUGGGGUGGGGUUUUGCAGGCCGGACGUCUGUCUCGGAAGACCGGUCCCCAUUGUGAACCCCUAGGAGAGGACCAGAGAGCCUCCGUCUCCUCACAGGCCCUGUCUGUGCCCCUGCGAGGGGCUCCUGGAGAGGGUCCCCAGCACCCCUACAUCAGGCCUGCCAUGGACGUCCCUGUGGGGAUGGGCACCUCCACCCUGCCUUGGGAGCUGGGGCAGAUGACUCCCACACGGCCCUGGCACAGUCCCCUGGGACCCGCCCACAACAUGGGGGGCGCCCCCCUCGCCUGCGGGGCUCAACUAGAAGUAUAAGUGGCGCGGGUGCUGGCCGCGGCGAGAGACAGACCAACUGAGGCCCAGCAGCCCCGCAGCCGCUCACGGACACAGACAGGACAGACCGGCCAUGAGGCCCGUGACGGCCCUCACCCUGCUGGCCCUGGCUGCACUCUGCCUGGCGGGCCUGGCCGAUGCGAAGCCCAGCGGUGCAGAGUCCCGCAGAGGAGCAGCCUUCAUGGCCAAGCGGGAGGGCAGCGAGGUGGUGAGGAGGCUCCGGCGCUACCUGGACCCCGGGCUGGGAGCCCCCGCCCCCUACCCGGACUCCCUGGAGCCCAAGAGGGAAGUCUGCGAGCUCAACCCCGACUGCGACGAGCUGGCUGACCACAUCGGCUUCCAGGACGCUUACCGGCGCUUCUACGGCACGGCCUAGAGCGGGCGCCCUGAUGGCCCUGGCCAGCUGGCAGCCCUCCCCGCCUCCCCCCCGCACCCCCCCUCUCCCCUCACCUCCCGUCCCGCAAGGGUGGGGUCCCCAUCAUCCCGCUGCUCCAGAAUAAACUCCGGAAGAGGAACUGGG